GUUUUUAUUGGAUUAGGCUUUCCUUACGAAGGUCCUGCGCCACUAGAAGCCAUAGCUCAUGGUAACAUCUUCUUGAACGCUAAGUUGGACCCUCCUCAGAAUCGACUGAAUGCUGCUUUCUUCCAACUAAAGCCUACGUUUCGUGCUCUUACUUCACAACAUCCGUACGCAGAAACUUUUAUUGGAGAGCCGCACGUAUUUACAGUGGACAUAAAGAAUGUUAGUGUUGUUGAAAAUACCAUAAAGAAAAUACUUAAAACGAAGGUGAAACCCUACCUUCCCUUAGAGUGGACACCAGAAGGAAUGCUAGAGAGAAUAAGCUCUUUUGCUGAAAAUAUGAAAUUUUGUUAUGGUUAUGAUAAGAUAUGGCCGCCUGAAGAUGAAUUGCAAUUAAUACUAGGGGACGAAGGAAUAUCUUGCAAAGAAGCAUGUUGGAAGAAAGGUCUUCUUUGCGAAUCCCUUUUCUUUAAUAAAAUAAAUACAAAAGAAAGUUUUAAAGAAUUAAGAAUAGAAUGUGAUACCAGAGAUGACCGAGGUAGCCUGGUAAUGCCAGCUUAUAUUUCCGCUGAGAAGUCCUGUGUGUUACAGAACCAUCCACUACUUUUCAGCUGUGUUGCAUCUAAAGCAAAACAUACUCGACUCUGCCCGUGUAGAGAUUUUCAACCACAGCAAGUUGCAUUAUGCAAGAAGUGCACCUAGACUGUACCACAGGUAACCCAUGAAAAGUUUUUAACUACAGCAAGAGACAGUUCCCUUCUGAAGGACAGGCUAUUUUUAUGUUAGGGUUUUUAAGCGAAGCAAAAGGAAAUAGCCCACUUCUGAGAUAUGCUUCUUUUGUCAAGCACAAAGGUUUUAGUACGAGACAACAUGCUAAACUACAUGUAUUCCUUUUUUGCUGUUACGUAUCACUGAGCAUUAUGCACCGCGAAGCCUCACAAUGAAACAUUUUUGCGUAAGCGAAGCAUAUCUUGAAGUAGGCUUUUGUAUACGUCAUGGUGCAAGAAGUGAGCGUGAUCUGUGCCACAGGAAACCCAUCGCUACGCGUCGUGGUUUCCUACGCUCCUCUCGUGUUCUCCCAACAUCCCGCGUGUUUUGAUCAGAGUAUCAAACACGGAAAACUGUUUUUGAUCUGUUAAAUAAAAUUUAUAUAGAGUACAAACACUAAAUGCGGGCAACAUAAAUAUCACAAAAUAGUGUUAUCUUAUGCUAAUUCUAUUGUUUUCUUUUUUUUAAUUAGUGCUAUUUACUACUAAAUAGUGAUAGAGUGCACGCACUAAAACCGUGAACAUUAAAUAGUACUAAUAUUAGUACUUAGAUCUUAU